GGGUCUGUUUAACACUGCUUACUUUAGUGACAUUCUCUCAUCUUUUAACUGCCCUGCAUUCUUUAAAUGUGGGUAUUUCUACCUCUUGCUUGGCUCUGUUUGUACAUACUGUUGAUUGUUGUUCCUCAUUUGUCAGCAUAUGUGACUGAGAGCUCCUAUUUGUCCGUGCAGCAUAAGUUGAAAUCUUCGCAGAAGGAUAAAGUACGACAGUUUAUGUCCUUCACACAAGCAGGGGAGAAGACAGCUGUUUACUGCCUUACUCAGAAUGAUUGGAAACUAGAGGUGGCCACUGACAACUACUUUCAAAACCCGGAUCUGUACUUCAAGGAAUCAAUGAAAACCACAGUAGACCGAAAGAAGCUUGAGCAGCUCUACAACCGAUAUAAAGAUCCUCAGGAUGAGAAUAAGAUUGGAAUUGAUGGAAUCCAACAGUUUUGUGAUGACCUUAAUCUAGACCCAGCUAGCAUAAGUGUUCUUGUAGUAGCAUGGAAGUUCCGAGCAGCAACGCAAUGCGAGUUCAGCAGGAAAGAGUUCCUUGAUGGCAUGACGGAAUUAGGGUGUGACAGUCCAGAAAAACUCCGGGCUUUGCUACCUCGACUGGAACAGGAACUGAAGGACAGUGGAAAGUUUAAGGACUUCUACCAGUUUACAUUUAAUUUUGCAAAGAAUCCUGGACAGAAAGGAUUAGAUUUAGAGAUGGCAGUUGCUUACUGGAACCUGGUUCUGACGGGCCGUUUUAAGUUUCUUGACCUCUGGAACAGAUUUUUACUGGAGCACCAUAAGCGAUCAAUUCCCAGAGAUACCUGGAACUUGCUUCUGGAUUUUGGCAACAUGAUUGCAGAUGACAUGUCGAACUAUGAUGAGGAAGGAGCAUGGCCAGUCCUCAUCGAUGACUUUGUGGAAUUUGCUCGACCAAUUGUGACUGGAUCAAAGCGCAAAAGUGUAUAGAUCUGGCUGUGCUGUUUGACAGCAUGGGGUCUUUGUUGCUUUAUUGACUACAGUUUUUUUAAAGACUUGUAAAAAACACACAAAUGAGGAGAAACACUUGAAACCCAUGGGCCUGAUGAAGAAAGAAAAGACUCGAAGCAGUACAAAUCAAAAACAGCGGAAAGUGGGAUACUCAAGCUUUUUAAAAGCUGUCAGCUGCUCCUGAUGAUGACAAACUAAUCCUGUCCAGAGACCCUGCAGGAGUGUAGGGGCUCUUUGCAAAUUUAGCACCUCAUCCUCAGUGCAAACAAUGUCCCAGUUAAGCACCCACCCUAUUUCUUAACAUGAGUCGUGGAGGCCCAUAGCCUUGCAGAGGAGUUUCCCCUGCUGUAUAGCACAAUUAAUCAAUUUCAUGGAGGACAGAAUAACAACCUCAUAAUCUCAAUAAGUUGUGUUGGAAGUAGGGAGAACUUGAACUGUACAGGGCAGUGGGCCUCCAACAAAUGUCUGUGAAAAAAAUGUGGUUCAUAAGUUAUUUUUUUUGUGGACUUACCUCUAUUAAAAUGUAACUGAGUAAAUCAGAUGCACUUUUAAAGCCAGAGCUCCUUGAUAAAAGCAACAUGCAGCUCACACCACCAGCAUACUUGUUGCUGUUGUAAAAUACUGUAGCAGUAUGUACAGAAAUAAUUAUUAUAAAUAAAGAUUAUUUUAUAAAAUAUAAA